UUGACUUCGACAAAGCGAUUGUUUGAGUAUAAAUGCGGAGUUGAAGCAGAGCUACUGUACCGAUACAAACCUGGUGGCUACCAUCCAGUCCAUUUGGGUGAUGUCUUUGCAGGAGGAAGAUACAAAGUUCUUCACAAACUGGGCCAUGGAGCUUUCUCAACCACUUGGAUCGCACGAGAUUCUAAGCUGAGCAUCAAUGUGGCGUUGAAAGUCAAAGUGGCAUCAGCUUCGUCCUCAGGAAACCGAGAGCGGUUGGUUUUUCAGUUUCUUUCGAGGUCUGGAUCUGGCUCGCAGUCAGGCCAAAUACACAUCAUGCAGUCGCUGGAUGAGUUUCGGCAUAAUGGACCAAACGGUGCACAUGAUUGCCUGAUCUUCGAACUACUCGAUUCCGGUGUCGCUAGUGUGGUGGAGAGACGGCCUAUCGAAAACAGACUCCCAGGACAUAGCGCGAAAAAGGCUUGCAAGGAGCUUUGUCUCGCAUUAGAAGCUUUACACGAGCAAGGAAUCGGUCAUGGAGGCAAUCUUGCAUUUGCGGUGCCUCAACUUCGACACCUUCCGGAGGACGAGCUGUUCGAAAAAUAUGGCCAUCCCAGGACAGGUGCGGUCAGUCGUGCUGAUGGUAGCCCAAUCGAGUCCGGGGUGCCAGAAUACUUAGUAUGGCCUGCUCGCUUCCCCAUGCGCGACCUAGCUCUUGAAGAGCUUUCAAUAAAACUCAUCGACUUCGGAGAGUCAUUCUUUCCACAUGAUAAGCCGAAGACGCUACACACUCCCAUAGCAGUAAGAGCUCCUGAAAUAUUAUUCGAGGAUGAGUACGAUCUCCGAGCGGACCUUUGGACUCUUGGUUGUACGGUAGGUCGACAAGGCAUCAUUAUCAGUAGACUUUUGUUCUCAUUCACAACGCAGAUGUUCGAGUUAGUCGUCGGAUACCCACCAUGUAGUGGUAUCAUGGCAAAGAAGGAAGACAUACUCCAGCAAAUAGCUGAUCUGAUUGGGGAACCACCAGAGAGAUGGCAACCCAGGUGGAAGGCGAUGUCAAAGUGGGGU